GUUAGCGAAAAUAUGCUAUGUCAGUAUGCUGUAGUCGGCCUUUAAUCUUUACUGGAACUAUCAGGUAUGUAAUCUUUGACCUUUCCCCGCCGAAGGUCUGACCAUUGAAUCAGCAUGCCCGCCAUUUUCAACAGCGACAGGAAGAUUAUUUCUCUUUAUCUAAGACGAUUUUGAAGACGAUUCAACGCAUUAUUGAUCCAACAACUAUAGCCACACAUUGUACCGACCCUGAAGCCGUGAGGACCUGUGUUGACUUCAUAACAUCGUGCAGUGCUUUGGAGCAUCAGCGUAUCUCGUGUCAGAGACUUACUCAACAUGGCGACCCCGGCUGUAUCUCAUCUGGAAAAAGAGAAGGGAAGUAAUGGACGUGGAGAGGAUAUUACGCGUACACACAAGUGUGGCGAGUACGGCAAGGAGUUUCAUCAUCUGAAUGACUUGAAGAGUCAUAUGCAUGCCCACAAUGGCGAGACACCGUUAAUGUGUGACGAUUGCGGCAAACAGUUUGGUAACGUGAGUCAGCUGAAGAUACACAUGCGGACUCAUACCGGUGAGAAACCCUAUAAGUGCGAAGAAUGCAGCAAACAGUUCAGUCGGCUUGGUAAUCUGAAGAUACACAUACAGACUCAUACCGGUGAGAAGCCCUAUAGAUGUGAUGAAUGCAGCAAACGUUUUAGUCAGCUGGGUUAUCUGAAGAAGCAUAUGAGGAUCCAUACUGGAGAGAAACCUUACAAAUGUGAGGAGUGCAGCAGACAGUUCAGUGAGCAGGGUUCUCUGAAGAGGCAUAUGAGGACUCACACAGGUGAGCAGCCGUACAAAUGUGAAGAGUGCAGCAAACAAUUCAGUGUCCUGCGUAAUCUGAAGAGCCAUAUGAGGACUCAUACCGGUGAGAAACCUUACAAAUGUGAGGACUGCGGCAGACAGUUCAGUCAGCUUGGUGAUCUGAAGAGACAUAUGCGGACUCAUACCGGUGAAAAGCCAUACAAGUGUGAUGAAUGCAGCAAACAGUUCAGUGUGCUGUGUAAUCUAAAAAGUCACAUGCGGACUCACACUGGGGAGAAGCCCUAUAAGUGCGAAGAAUGCAGCAAACAAUUCAUUGACCUGAGUCAACUAAAGAGUCACAUGCGAACUCACACUGGUGAAAGGCCCUACAGUUGUGAGGAUUGCAGCAAACAGUUCAGUGUGCUGAAUAAUCUGAAGACACAUAUGCGGACUCACACAGGUGACAAGCCAUACAAGUGCGAAGAAUGCAGCAAACAGUUUAGUCAGCUGUAUAACUUGAAGAGACACAUGCGGACCCAUAUCGGUGAGAAACUUUAUAAGUGUGAUGAUUGCAGCAAACAGUUUAGUCAGCUGUGUAAUCUGAAGAAGCAUAUAAAGACUCAUACUGGUGAGAAACCAGUGAAGAGUGAGGCAGGCAGUUUUGUGUGCUAGAGAAUCUAAAGAUACACAUGCGGACUCAUACCGGUGAGAAGCCACAUAGGCGUGAUGAUUGCAGCAAGCAGUUUGGUCAGCAUAGUACUCUGGAGAGGCAUAUGACUAUGAGGAACCACGCUGCCAUACAGAUGUGAGGAAUGCAGCUGUCAGAUCUGUAAGCUGGGUAAUCUAAUUAUUAUAAAGAGCCAUAUGCGGACUUACAUCGGCGAGAAACCUUACAAGUGUGAGGAGUGCAGCAGGCAGUUCAGUUGGUUUGGGUCAUUUGAAGAUCCACAUACGGGAUUUAAAUGAUGCAGUAUGAGCUUCCGUCAGUCAAACCAUCUGUAGAGUCACAUGGUAACCCAAAAGCAAUGAAAGUUCUCAGCUACCGAUGUGAAAGUUACUAUCAAGUUCCGCAUAUGGGUAAUAGAAAGAUACAAGUAGCGAGCAAAAGCCACGAACCAACGUUUGUACGUGUAUAUGUAUCAGUCACUGAUGCAAAAUUGAUGCUUCGCUGUAGAAUUUGAUGACUGGACUGACUUUACUUUACUAAAUGUAAAGCUAUACUGGCGAUCUGACUUUUUAAGACAAUUACGUAUAGCCGAAAUCUGUCUGCAUGCAGAUUCUCUUAGCCAAUGUGAACACUAGAGAGUUCAAUUUGCUGUCUAAUAGAGUUUGUGUUUAUGAAAAGUGGUUAAUUUGACAUUUGAAAGAUUUCUGCCAAAUUAACUACUGAAAAACCAUUGAAAAUUUGUUGUAGUUUCGUAUUUUGUUUACAUUGUAUAGCAUUUAGUAAUGCUAGAUCGCAUUUAGUUAGUAAGUUAAAAUAAUGUAGGCGUCUCUCUAGAUUUUAGAUUUUUGGGUAGCUACAUGUACAUGGUAUGGACCGGAACUGUUUAUAACGUUAAGUUCUUUGGAGAGUAUGUAAAAUGCACGCUUGUAGAAUUGCAGGUGAUCUUCCUUGCAAUAUGUUCUCGUUGAAACCGCAAGACUUGAGAAUGGAGUUCAAUGAAAUCUAACAUUACAGUACCAAUAAGUACUGUAAUGUUAGAUUCCAUUGAACUCCAUUCUCUCUCCCUCUGUACACAAGUCUGUUUACAAGUCUACAUAAAAGAGGCAGUUGAGACCGUUAAUCAGUAUGUAAACACGACACCUUCUGUCUGGCAGAUCUUCUAACAGCAUCGACUUCUGUCGAUGUUAGAAUUUAGCUGUAGCAUGAAGAUGUGCUGUAUUAUCAACAAAAUAUCUGACAUAUCUCCAAUAAAAGGCAAUAUGCCUCAAAGA